CGCUCACUAACCUUUUCCUUUUCUCUCUCCACCAUUUUACACACACUAACGUCUCCAUUUCUUCCAUUCAAAUUCCUCCUCUCUCUCUCUCUCUCUCUCUCUCUCUCCUCAGUCCUCACUCUUCCACACAAAUUCCUUAAAGAUUAACGGUAACAAACAAAUCGAAACAAAACGGAAGUAAAAGGGAGGAAACCCUAGCUUACUGCUGUUGGAAUUGUGAAGAUGAAUCAGUAUCACAUCUACGAAGCCAUUGGCCGCGGCAAAUACUCGACUGUAUAUAAAGGAAGAAAGAAGAAGACAAUCCAGUAUUUUGCUAUCAAGAGUGUGGAUAAAACUCAGAAGAACAAGGUUCUUCAAGAAGUUAGAAUUCUCCACUCUUUAGAUCACCCUAAUGUUUUGAGGUUUUACUCCUGGUAUGAAACAUCGGCUCAUUUGUGGCUUGUGUUAGAAUAUUGUGUCGGAGGAGAUCUGAUGAACCUGUUGCUUCAGGAUACUAAAGUACCGGAAGAUUCAGUUCACGAUAUGGCUGUUGGGCUCGUUACAGCUUUACAGUUCUUACAUUCAAAGGGGAUAAUCUAUUGUGACUUAAAGCCAUCAAAUGUGUUGUUAGAUGAAAAUGGAUGUACAAAGCUAUGUGACUUUGGAUUGGCGAGGAAAUUGAGUGAUAUAUCUAAAACACCUUUUUCUCAGUUACCACAAGCAAAGCGUGGGACUCCAUGUUACAUGGCUCCUGAGUUAUUUCAGGAUGGAGGAGUUCAUUCUUUUGCAUCGGAUCUCUGGGCUCUGGGUUGUGUACUUUUUGAGUGUUAUGCUGGAAGGCCGCCAUUUGUUGGAAAAGAACUUACACAACUGAUUCAAUCAAUUCUUUCUGAUCCAACUCCAACACUCCCGGGAUCCCCAAGCCGUCCUUUUGUUAACCUGAUCAAUUCUCUCUUGAUUAAAGAUCCUGCUGAAAGAAUCCAGUGGGCAGAGCUCUGUAAUCAUGCCUUUUGGAAGUCAAAGUUUGAUCUGUUGCCUCUACCUUCUCAGCCUGCUUUUAUGAAUAUGAUUGAGCUUUCAUCUAAGACAUGUCUAUCAGAGCGCAACAGUGACAGGCCGUACAAGACCCCAAACAAAUUCGAAAAAGAUUCUAUCUCAAAAGGAACCAUUAAGGAGAAUGAAAGUUCCGAGAUCAGGAAACCUGAAACACCGGUAAAAGGAGCAUUUAGCACUCGAAAAACACAAACAAAGGCUUCCAGCAAGGUAGCUGAUGACAGACGCAAGGACAUUCCAAAUGCAAGAGGAGUCAAUCUUCUGAGGCUUUCAAGGAUUGCAAAAACAAAUUUACAGAGGGAAAAUGAAAAGGAAAACUACCGUCGGCCCCUGCCUAAUGGUCAGGACAAUGAUGCUGAAGUUGAAAUAAAAAAUAAUGACAUGGAACUUGAUUUUAAUGAGAAUCCAGAAGAGGAGGUUAACGAUGAUGCUGAUGUAUCAGAAAAUGUAGGUUCUUCUGAACCAAAUUUGUCAGCUCCAAAUCAGGAUUAUGGGAAAACUGACUAUAUGGAUAGCACCAGAAGUGACUCAGAGCUAUCACCUGCAAUUAGUACUCCUGUCUCGGAUAACUUGAAAAACUCUGAGCAAGAAGAGCAUGUUGUAACACCAAUGCCACCAGAUUCAAGUCCUCAACCAAAAACAGCAAGAGUGAAGGAUACUCCCAUGUCCCUUGAUUCUUCUGACUGCUUGAAAACAUCUACAAACAUCUCAGAGGUGCUUUGGCAUGCUUCUGACCUCUCUGUCAGACCAGUGAUGCCUAGCAAAAAAUCCGAUAAAGGAUUAGAUGCCGUACCAUUUAUUCCAUUUGAUGCUCUUUCAGCUGCUGAAUUUGUCAAAUUGUCCAAUGGGCAGCUGGAUAGUAUGAAUAAUAGGAUCAUUGGUAUCAUCAGUGGGAAUACUGCAGUUGGUGAGAAGCAAAGUGUGGUAAAAUACCUGGAAAUGUUAAGCAGUAAUGCAGAUGCUGCUAACAUUUUGACUAAUGGACCAAUUAUGCUGGUCCUUGUCAAAGUGUUCAGACAAUCAAAGACAUCUGCUUUGCGAGCUCAACUUGCUUCACUGAUGGGCUUGUUAAUUCGACAUUCUACUUUUAUUGGAGAUGAUCUGGCGAAUUCUGGGAUUUUAGGUUCUCUAACAGAUGGCCUGAGAGAUAGGCAAGAAAAAGUUCGGAGGUUUUCCAUGGCUGCUUUGGGAGAAUUGCUUUUUUAUAUAUCUACUCAGAAUGAGCAACAAAAGGUGGGUAAUCCACCAGAAUCUCCAUCUAAAGAUAACCGCCCAUCAUCUGGCUGGCAGGUCACAAAUGCACUGAUCUCCUUGAUUUCAUCUGUCUUGCGCAAUGGGGAAGAUGAUAUGACUCAACUUUAUGCACUAAGGACAAUAGAGAAUAUUACUAGUCAAGGAGGGUACUGGGCGACACGCUUCACCAGUCAAGAUGUAAUUAGUAACCUUUGUUUUAUAUAUAGAGCCCCGGGAAAACCAGAAAGCAUGAGACUCACAGCAGGUUCUUGUUUGGUGCGUCUAGCUCGUUUUAACCCUCCGUGCAUCGCGCGCAUUCUGGAGAAGAUUUCAUUCAAGGACAUUGUGUCAGUCCUGAUAAAAGGCAGCCCAAGGGAACAGCAAAUUCGCUUAAACCUUCUGAACAUGGCUAUGAUUGAAAUCACAAACAUCGGAAAGUACCUUCUUUCUUUGGGGGAAGACAAGAGUACUGUUCCGAAUCUUGUUGCUCUGAUUGAGCAGGGAAGUGAAAUAUUGAGGGGAAAGGCUCUUAUUUUUGUGGCCUUGCUUUGCAAAAAUGGAAGGAGGUGGCUGCCUCAAUUCUUUUGCAAUGCGAGACUUUUAUCAAAUGUGGAUAGGUUGUUAAAGGAGAAGGACACCUUUGUUCAGCAGUGUCUGAAUGUGUUUGCACAUGUUGUGGCUUCAGUUGUGCCAAGUUUAUUGGACACUGUUAUCGCAGAGGUUCAGCAACUGUUGGGUGGGCGACGCCGUGGACAGUUUACUCCUACUAGAAAUCCUCCAAAGAGCAACAUUCAUUUGUUCCCUGUGAUUUUAAACCUUCUUGGAAGCUCUUUAUUUAAGCAUCGGGUGGUCAGUUCUCAAGUUCUACAGCAAUUUGCGCAUCUACUAAAGCUGGCUGAGUCACCUUUCCAGGGAAGGGAUGAGUUCCAAAUUACACUCCUAAAAGUGCUCGAGUGUAUUGCAGAAGAACCUCCCAUCAUUGAACAAAGCUCUGAGGUUUUUACCCAGCAAAUUCUUCCCAGUCUGGCCGUUCUAUAUAAGGGCAACAAGGAUGGUGAUGCUAGAUUUUUGUGCUUAAAGAUAUUGUUUGAUGCAAUGGUCAUAUUUCUAAAUGGAACCACACAGAAUGAGAAAAGGGUUGAGGACUUAAAAUCCAUAUCUAAUUCUCAUUUUCUCCCUCUCUACCCUUCUUUGGUUGAAGAUGAAGAUCCCAUUCCUAUGUAUGCUCAAAAACUUCUUGUGAUGCUUAUUGAAUACGACUACAUUAAGAUUUCAGACAUACUUCACACCAAGACUGUCUCUCAGUGCUUUGAGUUUCUGCGCGGUGAUUUCUCAACAGCAAAUGUUAGCAAUGUCAUGCUUUGUUUUGCUCUAGCAUCUGCCCCCGAACUGGAGACCAAGAUACUUUCCCAACUGAGAGUUGUCAGGAAGAUUGGGAACCUUCUGGAGUUUGUGUGCGCUAAGGACAUGGAAGAUUUCGUCGAACCUACUCUCAACCUUUGCAGGGCAUUGCUUUUGCGUCCAGUUAGCGGUAGUAAAGGCUUCAUUCAAGGAAAAGAAGUUAAUCUACUUUAUGAUAAUUCUUCAGAGGGACCUAUUGCCUUUAAUCAGCAAGAAUGUAUUAGAGAUAUAGCAGACUUUGGUGACAAUGUUGGAGUCCUGCUAGAGCUAACCAAAUCUCAGGAGAGGAACGUCUCAGACUUGGCUUCUGAAUGUUUAAUUUUGCUGUUCAAGACAGCCCCAAGGGAAGCUACUACAGGUUUUCUUACAAAUCUCCCUAAGGUCUCUGCCAUCUUAGAUUCUUGGAACCAAGUCUUUCCUCAACAUUUGGUGCAGCGAAUCCUCCACGCUCUUGGUUAUUCUUGUCGACAGUAUCUGUCAUACUCAAUGAUAUUGUCAUUGAGCAUACCUGAGAUACAGAAAAUUGAAGCAAUUGUUUGCGAUAUAAGAAAAUCAGGUGCAGCUACUCUUGCAGAUGCUGCAUAUCAAGUAGCAAUAGAGUUGCAGAGGCUGCCUCGCCGCAUCUGAGUUUGGUAAUUAAGUCUCCAAUAUCUGCUGCAUUUUCUAGUUCACUUGCAUUUAAGUUCCAAUAAUCUCAUAUCUUUUUCUUUCUUUGCCAGAGUUGAACAGGAAUUUGAGUUAUGCUAUGAGGAAAACAUAACUUUCUCAAGGCUUACUGCAGUCUUCGAAUUAACCAAUUUCUCCACUUUCAACGGGAAUCCAGGAUCAGGUUUCAGUGUUGAAAAGGAGACUGGGAAGAACACAAAGAAAAUUAAGUGUCCUGAGCUGCAACACCCGAGCAAGUAAUAACCAACCUCUAUAUGUACGUAUACUUCAACGACUUAAAUGUACUAAGUUGACUAUUCAUUACUUGAUUCCAGUUAAAAGUUUUUGCUACCUUUUUACUGUAAGUCGGCCAGCCUUCUAUAAUGUGUAUAAAAUUAAAAUUGAAGGUGUUACUAGUAAAAGAAGUUAUAAUCUCCUCCUUCUGCUUCAAAUUAUUAAUCUCCUCAGAUUGGUUAGAAAAAAAUUUACGAUAGCUGAUAUCAGUCAUCGUAACUGUGAUGCUGUUUUUUAAUUGCUUACCAUUUGGUUGGAGAGCGUUGAGUUUAAAACACCAUUUUAUCGAGGAAUUAGUAAGAAGUUGAAAUAGAAACCCCAAG